UUGAUUGACGGGCGAAACGACGGCGUUGGCAAUGAUAUAGUGGUUAAUGAUGUCGAGUCUUCAUCAUGGACCAAAGUAAAAAAACAAAGGAGCAUCAGGUGCCCAGUUUAGAAAACGAAGAAAAGAAGAAGAGCCAAAGAUAAAAGGUGUGCAGAUUUGCUGCUGAAGCUUAUUAAAACGUCUGGAACUGUUCAGAUGGUAUUAGGAUGUGUAAUUUCAUUUAUCUUGUGUUUUGUGUGUUCUUGUUACCAGGGAGUAGCCAGGACCGCCUCUGCUGCAGACACACCACAGCUGCCAGUAAUGCAGUUAUACAGUCAUGGGCGUUAUGUAUUGGUUGUUUUUUUGAGGGUGUGGAUCUUGACAGCGGUACAGCUAUGUUUGGACUCCAGUCAGUGUAAACAUCUCUCAUUUUCAGCUUACUCCACUCAGUGGCAUUCAAGCUGGUUUCCAUGUUUUACCCCCUUGAUGGGCAUGAACCAAUCAGCACACAUCUAUGAUGACGAUUGACAUAUAAAGACAAUGAUUUAAUGUAACUGUUGGUUACAGCAAUAGGACCCAACGCUAUUUUAACAAUAAUUCUGUUUCUCACGUCACGGUCACAUAGUUUAGAAAUGAAUGUUACACAACUGACAACAAACAUUUUUAAUGUGUGUAGAAGUCUGUAUGGUUAUAUGAUAGCAGCCUGGUGUCACUUUCAGCUGAUUUAAGCAAUGCCAAAAAGCAAUGCCAAAAGCAAAACACAGAUGCUCAGAUGCUGCUGGCUCCAGAUACUGCAGUUAUUUCACAAACUGAAGGUGAGGCCUUUUACUGUAAGGUUCACUCACAUUCAUCAGCACAGCUCAAUGCAGACAGGUUUACUGACAUUAACUACAUUAAAACGCUGUGCUAGUUCUGCUUGAAAACAACAGCUCUGAUAUAACCGCAUUGGCAGGUUCCUUACAACUGUGGGUUUAUUUUCUGUUAUCUCAACUAAUGUGCAUCGUGGUCUUAUGUGAACUUAUGACCCUGGAGUGGAGCAAACAAGAGUUUAAUUUUCAAUAAAUGGAAAAAAACCUGACAUGAAAAUCUCAAAACAAAUAUACAGUAUUCACACCGAUAUAAAGAGGGAGAUUACUGAACUACAAAAACUGAUUGUUUCGUUUUGAGACAUAUAUUCAAAGUAUUUGAAAGUCAGUUUGACGUUAUGUACAGUAUGUCACACUGCAGAACACAUGUGCCAUUGUGUUGUGAAAGAAUUCGCCUUCUUUGCAUUACAAUCGAGUUGGUAGGGAGGUCACACAGUGUCUCUUUGUGCGUUCGGCUGAUUAGAGCUAGACCAGACCAGACCAGACCAGAUCUGCAGCUGCAGCUGUCUCAGGGACAAAUUCAAGGCUACUAGAUCAGCCUUAUUUUGUUAGCGUUACGUUAGAUUUUAGACUAGGUUAGGUAAACAUUAUACAUGUUUGUAAAGGAAGAAACCGUGAGAAUUGGAGUGACUCCUCUAAUGAUGGAUGGCUUCACAGAACAGGUUUCUAACAGUACCGCCACUGUCUGAAACGAAAAUUGCAAACUCCUGUUUCAUUUUCAUCUGAUACGAGCCACACAGUCUCAGUUUCAAACGGCUCUGUUUGCAUUUUCUUUUUCGUUGGUAAAGAUCCAAAUUCGUUUGUACGUGAGGGCACACUGAAAAUUUGAUGAUCUGUGAGUGGAUUUUCAAACAUUAAAAUGGAGACCAUGAGGGUAGAACGGCACAAAUGCAGGCUGAGCAAAGUGUCUGGUAUGUAUGGUCUUCAACAAAUGUCUGAGUAAAGACUCACAGCAUAAAUGUCAACAUCAAAGAAUGACACACACACGCCAUAGCAUGCAUUAUGGCUAACACCUUGACUACUUCCGUGAUGGAAACAGGAAAUGUGGGUGUGAGGGUCCUUAUCAGGUUUAAACUGACACUGACAGAGCUAGUUUAACUUUGAUUAUCAUCAUAUAUACAUCUUUUCUUUUCUUUUUCUGGCAUAAAUUUAAGAGCUUUGGUGCUUAGAGCAAGAGAACAAGACAAAACGGCAAACUACGGCUCACUACUGGUAAGUCACUAUAUUUAUCGUGCUGUGCCUGGGUUUGGAAAUGAUGUCAUAUUCUUUCUGAUUCUGACUCUUAUUUGACAUCACAUGACACUCUUGUUGAAAUUUUGUGUUAUCUUUACCUUGUUCGUCUGUCUCUAUUCAUCGGUACUGCUUGCCAUCUUGGCCACGACACUCGUGAAAACUCUGAAUUGAGACUUGGUUAAAUAAAGUAUAUUUUCGGAGCUGACCAGAUUAUAUAGUUACAUAAACAUGAUGUUUGAAAUGUAACUAUCUUUGUUUCAAGGUGGGAUGGAGGAUUUUUCUAAACAUUCGGCCUUCAGCUGGACCUUUUCUCUGAUUUGCUACAUGUUGUGGAUUUCCUCACCAGCAGAAGGAAAAACCAUCUCAGAAGUGGUGGGCAGCAGAGUGAUCCUGCACUGUCCCAACAAUUCAAUCAACACGUCCGUUCAGCUGGUGUGGAAGAUGAACGAUGUUCUACUGUUCAGCUUGAAUCCGAAGCUCAAAAGAUUAUACGAGAAUCCUAACGCUUCCAGACUCAACAUGAAUAUGUCGCAGUCAGAGGACCAACUGCACAAACUAAUCAUAGAGAGAGCCCAGACAUUUCAUACAGGAAACUACACCUGUGAGGCCGCCAGCGUCGACGGCGGAGCUCAGUCAGAGACCUGGGAGCUGAUAAUUAAAGAGCCGUCUGGUGAAAAUUGGCCUAAGCUAAUCGUUGUUGUGGCAACUACUGUUCCUUGUGUGUGUUUCCUCAUCUUUAUAAUCGUUUUGGCCAUUCUGCAUAGAGUCUGCAAACGGCACACAGAAAAUAUCACUCAACCUCCCUCUGCGGACACGAAACCAGAAGAAAUUUAUGAAAACUGCCUGGAAGCUGUCCCAGAACGAAACUAUAUCCAACCUUAUCGUUCGAGAGACCGGGCUCACUAAUAUGAGGAACACAUAAAAGAGAAGUGGGAACUGCAAAAAAGAAGAAGAAAGGACUAAAGACAUUAAUUAUGCUGCCCACAGAUGGAAGUGUGGUUGCCGCUGUGACUGUUGACACUCGUUGGUGGUAACGUGCCGUUAAAGACGAAGAACUGCUCAGACAUCCCCCACCCUCUACACCUCCUCUGUAUAUAAUACAUAUAAUUUAAGCUUCCUUUUCAAUAAAUGUUAUCUAUGUAACGGAAAGUAUAAAAACCUUUUCUGGUAAUUCGCGGGGGCUGCGCCUUAAUUUACACAUCAUCUAUUUUUUUGAGGGGUCUCCACCAAGUCCUGAGUGAAAUAUCUGACUCUUUAGCAGCUGAAUGCUUCACUGUGUUCACCAGCUAGUUGUUAACUUUUGUCUAGAAAUAUAACAUCUGCAUCUCCCAGCACCAGAGGUUGCCACUUGUCAGUAACAGGGCUGGGUUUAGUUUGGCCUUCUAACACACAGCCAGUCUUUCAUCCAUCUUUGCCUUUCAUUGUCCUGCCACUGCACUGUGACAGAAAAAAAGCUGUUGGAAUGUGUGGUUCACGACACAUCCACCUACUGAACUAAAAAAAGACAUGUUUUAAAUAUAAGCUGCAGUGAAAGCAGCACAGACUGAGUUAUUUUGACUUAUCUGUCGUCUGGAUCGCGCUCAUUUCAUAAAAUAUCACCAGAAUCUUUUAUUCAGGCCUUUCCUGACCCCUAAAUGUCAGGAAAGUGUUCUACUGUAGCAGUUGUAUUAUUAGCCUAAGGACGGGACAAGCUCCCAAGCUGUAGGGUGUGUGCGUUGCUUCCACUUAGCAACAGUUGCAGUUCAUGCACCGUUGGAAAAAAACGGUUGAUAGCAUUUCAAAAGAAAAAAAAUGAGCUUAUCUGGAAUGCAAACACCACCACGCCUUACACAUACUCUAUCUGAAUAAUUACCUCAGUAAUAAACAUAUUGAUUAAUUGGGGCUGUUAUCACUUAAGUGUCUUUUAGCUGAAGACAGAUGUCUGCCGUGGCUCUAAUCAAGGAUAAUCAGGAUCACAGAACUGCAGGCCAGAAAACAAUGAGCUAAAAGAGGCUAAAAUGUGAAAUUCUAAAACAUUUAAACUCAACAGCAUCUUUGUUUAGACUCCUACAUGACCCAUUUAUUUCGACAUGACUCCACUCUAGUAAUGGUCAUGUGUUUUUUGUGCCCUAAUAUUGGCUCCCACCCACAGAAUGACAGUGUGGUAUGGGGAAAAAAAUAAUGUGAUUUAAAGUAAUUUUUUUUCCACCUGAUAUUUUUAUAUAUCAU